CAUUGGCACCAUCCAUUGGAUGUACUUUGCAUGGCUUGGUUGGAGCUCAUUCUAUAUCUCUGUUCCUUUUAACAAAGGAUGGUCACUUGAUUGAGAGAAGGCUGCACCAGAGGAAGUGGAGAUGGAUAGCUCAUGAAGGUCCAAAGGACCAACACUUAACAUCUAUCACACCUGCCACUCAAGACGAACUAAAUGAGAAGGUUUUCUCAUUGUUCUUUACUACAUCUAGUGGAUCCGUAUAUGAAUAUCAGCUUCCUAAACAUUCACGUACAUCUCAGGGGAAUGAAAUGCUAGAGCAGUGGGUGAAUCACAUGCAUCCACCACACUCAAAAACCGCAAUGGGAAUUCCAGGCCUGCUAUUGCAAGCUGGCAGGAUAGUGUUCCCACUAGAUGAUGGUAGGCUUGCAGAAUUACAUUUACCCGGCAUCGGUGGUGAAAGUUCUGGCCCAACUCAACAGCUCAAUGUGCGAAGAAAAACAUCAGUUAAUUAUGAAUGGUCAGUCUUAGAUGCCCCAGAAACUGAAGGAUGGAAUAAAGAGUAUUGCACUGAAGAACGAGGACCCUUGAAUUGUAUCGCAGGUAUAAAAGAUGAGUCAAUUUCCUCUGGAAUUACAAGGACAACAACAAGAAGGCGAAAGGGAAACCAAGCACAACAGAACUACCUAUAUCCAAGUACAUCAGAAAGUAGCCUCACUAAACCUUUUGACCAAAGUAACUUCCUUAUAAACUGGACUAAUACAAACUUUCACAUGCGAGUUAUGCAGGAAGGCAAAUCAUUUUUUCUCAUAACAGAUACUGGACUGACUUAUGAAAAUCUAUAUACUAAUAAUGUAUGGUUGUGGUUGAGGCAUGAGCACUCAACAAUUAUGAAAGGUACAGUAGGAAGCUACAAUGGGAGUUUGUUUCUGAUUGACAUACAUGGGAACUUACUUAUGAGAGAAAGAAGCAGCAAUAAGCUAGCAUGGAUUAACUGCACUGCCAUGAGAAAGGGAAGGCAAGUGAUUGGGGGUCCUCCAUGGGACAGAUUACCUGGACGAACAUUGAAAGUUACAGCUGAAGAUUCACUUUUCUUUGUGAGCAGAAAUGGAAGACUAGUUCAAUUUAUGGUUGCCUUGCGAAAAUUCAAGUGGAAAGACUGCCAAAACCCCCCAAAUACUAGAAUUGCAUGUAUAGUAGAUCAGGAAACCUUCCGUGAAAAUAUAGUGUUUGUUGUUGGGAAGAAUGGUCGGCUAUAUCAGUAUAACAAAGUGACAGAAUUGUGGCAUGAACACUAUCAGUCCCCACAUUUAGUUCUAUCGAGAUCGCCUGGAACUGCUAUGAGGCCAUCAUCUACAUCACUAACAGGUUCUCUAUACAUGACCUCAGAAGAUGGAGGACUUGUUGAAUAUCACUGGAAUGCAUUGGAUGGAUGGAACUGGGUGGAACAUGGAACACCAGACAAAAGUGUAACUCUAGUCAGCCCACCAGGUCCUUGCUUUGAAGGAAAUCAAUUGUUUUUGAUUGGAUCAGAUGGUGAAGUUUAUCUGAGAUACUUGGAACAAAGUACAUGGAAAUGGAAAAACUAUGGUUUCCCCUCUGUGGAAAAUAUGUCUGCUAAAGAUCAAAUGUUAAUGGAAGCAAAAUAUGUAAAGGAUGAAAUCUGCAUCAACGAAGAUAUUGUGGCUAGUAUCGUUAAGAACACACAAGACAUACAUAAUUUCAACAGAAAGUGCAAUGCAAAGGUGGCAUCAAUACGUCCAAUCCCAUUUUCGGAGAACUCAGUGAUCUUUGAGUUAAGAGAUGGAAGAUUGGCAGAAUUGAAACAAAUAGAUGGCACACAAUGGGAGUGGUCACGUAUCAUCAGGACUCCAACAAGCCUAUGUGCUGAAAGUUAUUGGACUGCUUUGGCAUCGUGAUGCUUCCUACAAACUCUUACACACCAAAAAAAAAAGAAGAAAUCAACCCAAAAACAAUCCAUAUGGGAACACUGUACAAAUACAUGGGGGUUGGUGGUGUCUUCUGUCAUGCUUUCUGGGCAGCAUUGUAAAAAGACUAAAAUACAAUAUAUGGGUGACUGGGUAUCAAGUCCCAUCUUUGGGUGUUUGUAAUCAUCAACUCAAAUUAAUAAAAUUGCUCUUUAGUGAUAAAAAAAAUCAAGCAAGAGCUGUACACUAUAUUAACAUGUCCUAAUCUAUUAGUUUCA